AUGGCAUAUUUCCCACCACCAGAUUUCCAAAACAAGUCAGACGGUACUUCAGCAGAAGCCGAGGAUCUGCGCAGUCCCGACCCGUCGUCUGAAGAAGCGCUGGACGAAAACCCCACGACGCAAGACAAACCCAAAGCGCCCAAGCAACUCCAAUACGUGAGGCUAUCCCCAUUGAACGCCCGCAUGUUCACCUGGUCGAACGAUCCCGACGAUCUAUCUCUAGAUACAUACUUCAACCCCUUGAAGCCGAACCUCCCCGAUGAAUACAACAUCCAAGGCCUCCUCCCCGUUCUCCGCGAGCCCAAGGGUGCACAGCGGUUCCUCCUACGAGACGCCAGAGAUCGAUUCUACCUCUUCGACGAAUUCGAGGGGGAGCUGUGGUGGGUGAAGUUCAGACCCGGGGAGGAGACUGAGUGCUUGGAGGAGGUGUGGGAGAAGUGCAUGUGGAUUCUGGGAGAGGUGUCGAUGUGUAAUGUUUGUUCGGAGGCGGUGUUUUGGGACUAUAAUCCUGCUGAUGAUGUGGGGAAAGCGGGGUAUUAUGAGUGUGGGUAUGCUUUCUCUUCUAUGUCGCAUGGGGAGAGGGUUUAG